AUGUCUGCCCGUCCCCAGAACAUCGGCAUCAAGGCCAUUGAGGUCUACUUCCCCAGCCAGUGCGUCGACCAGGUUGAGCUGGAGAAGUACGAUGGCGUUAGUGCUGGCAAGUACACCAUCGGUCUUGGCCAGACGAAGAUGAGCUUCUGCGAUGACCGCGAGGACAUUUACUCCAUGUCCCUGACCACCCUGUCCUCCCUCAUGAGCAAGUACAACAUCGACCCCAAGUCCAUUGGCCGCCUCGAGGUCGGCACCGAGACACUCCUGGACAAGUCCAAGUCCGUCAAGUCCGUCCUCAUGCAGUUGUUUACCCCCAGCGGAAACACCAACAUUGAGGGCAUUGACACCGUCAACGCUUGCUACGGUGGUACCAACGCUGUCUUCAACAGCAUCAACUGGCUCGAGUCCUCUGCCUGGGACGGCCGUGAUGCCAUUGUUGUCUGCGGUGACAUUGCUCUUUACGCUGCGGGUGCUGCCCGUCCCACUGGCGGUGCUGGCUGUGUUGCCAUGCUCAUCGGUCCCGAUGCCCCGAUCGUCUUCGAGCCCGGUCUCCGCGGCUCCUACCUUACCCACGCCUACGACUUCUACAAGCCCGACCUCACCAGCGAGUACCCCGUUGUGGACGGCCAGCACUCCCUUCGCUGCUACACUGAGGCCGUCGAUGCCUGCUAUAAGGCCUACGAUGCCCGUGAAAAGGUCCUCAAGGCCAACCAGAACGGCACCAAUGGCACCAUGGACGAGUCCAAGACCCCCCUGGACCGCUUCGACUAUAUUCUCUACCACGCCCCUACCUGCAAGCUCGUCCAGAAGUCCUAUGGCCGCAUGCUCUACAACGACUACCUGAACAACCCCACUCACCCCGCCUUCGCUGAGGUCGCCCCCGAGCUCCGCGACAUCUCCUACGAUGCCUCCGUCACUGACAAGUCCGUGGAGAAGACCUUCAUGGCUCUGACCAAGAAGCGCUUCGCCGAGCGCGUCAACCCCGGUCUGCAGGUCGCCACCCUUUGCGGUAACAUGUACACUGCUACCGUCUACGCCGGCCUUGCCUCCCUUUUGAGCUUCGUCCCCUUCUCUCCCUCCGAGCCCAAGCGCAUUGGUCUCUUCUCCUACGGCUCUGGUCUCGCUGCCUCUAUGUUCAGCGCCAAGAUUGUCGGCGAUGUCUCCGAGAUGGUCGAGAAGCUCGACCUGAAGAACCGCCUCGACUCCCGCACUGUUCUCGAGCCCCAGGCCUACGACGACAUGUGCAAGCUCCGCGAGCACGCCCACUUGAAAAAGAACUUCAAGCCGUCCGGUAACCCCGAGACUUUGCAGAAGGGUACUUACUACCUCACCGAGGUUGAUGACAUGUUCCGCCGCAAGUACGAGGUCAAGGCCUAA